CAUCACAAGUAUAUAGAUUUAUUGCAUCGUUUUCCAUAAAAAUGUGUGUAUUGUUUACCAUGCUUUUUUUCCCCUGACCGGAAGUCCGAGUCUGUUACCCAUGAUGCAGUUCGCCGUCUAGUUUUUAAUGCUAGUUCUAUUUACCUUUGGUCACAGGGAGCGAGUGGGCCCGACCUCGAGGUUAGUAACGUGUUUUCUUCUUAACCAGCGCGAUUUUGUAAGGAUGUGUAAAGUGAAAAUGCUGAGGGAACUGAUGAGGGAGCGGCUAAACGUGGCCACCGAAGAGAUAUUUGAGCUCUUCGAGAAAACUGUUGCAGACUACGAGGAGAAACUUCGACGAAACAAAGAGGAAAACGAGCGACGGCUAGACGAACUCGUGAAAGCCGUCGACGAGCUUCGAAGUCUCCUACUCCAAAAAGAUGCGCAGCGGCAAGCGGAGGCUCCCCCCGAGCCGCGAGAUGAGCCGGCGGAGCCCCUCAUCGCCCAAGAGAAAGACGACGACGACCCCGAAGACCUCCAGUCCGAACCGGAGAGCCUCUUCGCUCCGGUCUCGGACCUGGAAGACGACACGUCGGAGUCGUCUGAGACCGUUCGCGGCGAUGAAGCGAAAGACGCUGCGGAGACUAAUCUGGACUGCGAAGGCGAUGCGGCGCCACGUGAUGACGGAGAACCGGCGGGGGCGGAGAAGAAGAACUGUGCUGUGCUUAACAGCUCUCGGCGUGAGAAAACAUUUCACGGCGAAAGAAGUUUGGAAAGUCAUACGGAGACGCACGUGGGAGAAAAACCUUUCGCUUGGACUGAUGAAAGAUACGCGUUGACGCAUUUUAGAAAACGGACGAGGGAAGAAGCACGAGAUGAAGAACCUUUGGAGACCACGAAGAACUCUGAAAAUGACAAGAAUGAAUUUAACUGCACUCUCUGUCCGAAAAUGUUUUACAGCAAAAGACGUUUGACGCAGCACACGUCAACGCACGCGCACGGGAAACCCUUUUCUUGCUCGGUUUGCGGUAAAAGAUUCUUCUGGAAGUAUACAUGGAAGAGACACACGGAAAUACACGCGCGGGAUCGCGGCGACAACGCUGACGGAUCCUUGAUGAUUAAAAGGAAAUCGAAAAGUCGGACGACCGGUAAGGAACACAUCAGCUGCUCUCAGUGUGGGAAAACGUUCGCCAGCAAGAACAAUUUGACGCAACACAAGAGAGUCCACGCGGCACAGAAAUCUCACGCCUGCGCCGUUUGCAGUAAAAGAUUCCUUUGGAGGGGAAACUUGCUGAGGCAUGAAGAAUUGCACAAGAAGACCAAAAUAUUCACGUGCUCCAUUUGUGAGCGAAUCUUCAGACACAGAGCGCAACUGAUAGCUCACAUAAGAGCGCACGUCAACCAGAAGCCGUCGAGCCCGCGCGUGACGACGAAAGUCGACGGAAAAAGCGGCCGCGGAUCGGGUUCGGACGACGUGGAGAUGGAGUGUUCCGCCGCAGCCAAAGAACCUCCGAAGGCGAAAAACGAGCCUACAGAUGUGCAGCCGGUGUCGAUGCCGAGUCCAGAAGAGGUUCCCUUGGAGCAGAAGCAGGAGACCGGGAAGACUUUGACGGACGGUGAGGUCCCGAGUUCCUCGCUCCUUAAACAGGAAGACGAGGACGUUAGCGGUUGUCCGGGCGAGAAGCGGCUUCGAGGGCAGCAGGCGUUAGAGGUCGGCGUCAACACGCUCCCUUUGACCGACGCCAGUUUCAAGAGCGAGGGGGACGAAGGUCAGUCCUCGCGCAGUGCGGAACUGUUUGGUCAAGGCGACGCCGAUGGAGAACAGUGCCAAGCGUUCAACAUCGCUCCGCUCUCAGGCACGGACAACGGGGUGUCUUCCGAUACCGACACACCCAGAAUACUUCGAGGGGACUCCGAAAGCGAUGUAGUGCGUCAAGCUAACGUGAAAUCCCUGAGUUGCUCCAAGUGUGACAAAGUCUUCGACACAAGUCGGAACAUGCGGCGACACCUGAAGAGGCACAUCCACACCGAGGAGCUGCAGUACGGUUGCCCCAUGUGCGAGAAAGCCUUCCGGUUCAAGUGCAACCUGAAGAGACACUUGGUGACCCACUCGGGCGUCAGGCCCCACGCCUGCGCCGUGUGCGGCAACGCGUUCACCCGAAGCCACCACCUGAAGAGGCACAUGGGCACGCACAAAGCCGACAAGCGAGUUUUCAAGCAACCCGAGGAGACCGCCGCGGCGGUCCGGGCCCCCGACCAACCUUUGCCUUGUCUAUUUUGCACCAAGGGGUUCAAGAAAAAAUCCCACCUGGAGAGACACAUGAGGACGCACACGGGCGAGAAACCCUUCAGCUGCGGCGUGUGCAACAAACGCUUCGCUCGUAAAGAACGAGUCCGAAAUCACAAGUGUGUCGCACACAACGGCUGAAUGGACGCUCGCUUUACCAAUUCUGCCUCACACUUCAUUUGUACUGAAUCAGCCGGUUCGACAGUCUCCACUAGCAGAUUAAUACAUAUCGAUAGCAAGAUUCCAACGUGUACAGUAUAAGGGACCUUUCCGGUGGCGAUCUUAAGCUCCGCCCCUUUAGCCGUGUCCCACAAGCUUUUAAAAUGGCGAUCGAACAUAACAUGUUUGAAGUCGAUUCUUUAGCGCAUAUUCCAGAUAAUGUUGGGGUAUGUUUUUUGCCAUAUGCGUCAGACUUGUUCCAAGAGUUCUAUAGAAAGGUCUCAACUAUUUCACAUGAGGAUACGUACACGGAAUUAAGAUUUUGGACGCAGCAGGACGCAACGUCAGUUACAGCAAGACGUUGGCGAUCAAUGCAAAAAAAAAAAAAAAAAGUUUGACGCCUCACAAACUUCAUAUUAAAAUCCAACAUGAUAAAAUAGUGAAAUUGUACUGCGCAGGGUGAGUACAUCUGAGGAAACAUUUUCUUCAUAACAUUAACUUUUCCAAGCGCACGCUACUGACAACCAGCAUUGCUUGCGGGACAACAUGGCGGCAGGGGCGUGUCAAGCCAGGGGUUAAGGCAAUGCUGCUACCUGAUUGGCUAUUAUUGUCCGAGUAAUUGACAGGUCGGAAAUUGAUAUGCAGGGUUUUUUUUUGAUAUAUUUCAUACUGGAAAUAUUGUACACAUGAAUGCAGCAAGCCUGCAACUAACGAUUUAAUAAUUGUUUAAUAAACGAAAAUGAACACUGGAAUCUUGGCGGCCAUCGCUGUUUAAUCGCUACACAUGUUUAAAGCCUCAGGACCUAAUUGCAAUUGAUUAGUCAGGGUUUGAUCGGUAACCGGCAGUACUGACAUCAUCCAAAUUCAGCGUGUACAAUUAUUUCCAGACGCUGACUGAUGGAACAAUUGCGUGACACAACAAAUUGAAAAUGAAAUUCAUAGCCAACACUUCGAUAGCGGUUUUAUUGAUCUGUUGUUGCAUCCCUACAGUACAUUGUUUUAUAUAUAUAUAUAUAUAUAUAUAUAUAUAUAUAUAUAUAUGUAUGUAUGUAUAACCACAAACAUGGUGCAGUUGUCAAGGAAGAAGCUGCCCUAGCUGCUGUAGCUAUAUUAUUAUUAAUAUUAUUAUAAAACAGGAGAAACACCCAAGUAAAUGGAAAAUGUGGAUGUUUCAGAUGCUGCUGGAAUGGAUCGCGCCAUUCAUUGACUACUUGUACAUUUCCGAGACAGAGACUCUCCACACUUUAAUUUUCCUAGCAUCAGGUAUAGGUGAAAUUAUAGUUAUAGUUUGUUGUCAAACACGAUGUAUAUACUGUAUUGGCCCUUUUUUGGGGGGGGCGCCUUGGCGCCGGCAGGUUGCUGCUCAAUUAUGGCUGGAAAAAUGUGAAAGCUUCUGUGUAGCGAGACGGCAAUUUUGAUUGGCCGUUACAUUUGCCUUUUGCUGAGUUACGUGUUAAACUUAAGGCUACGUUCACACUUCAGGGCGUAACGCUCAAAUUAGGAUUAAAAAAAAUAUAUAUAUUUUUUUGUUAUCUAGUCAUUCACAUUACAAUAACAAAUGCACAAAAACGAGGCAUGGCGUUGAGGUAUGUUAGUCGGCCCCCUCGUGUAGUUCUCGUCAUAACGCGUCAGUGGUGUAAUUUCCAGGAUUUUGCGCAGCCGGAUUCAACAUUUUCUUGUAUCUAUGACCUCAAGCACAUUGUUUUUUUUACCGUUUCGUACCGGUUAUCGUUACAUCAAACGGUUGUGAAGUUCAUCGCCGAUCGAUGACUUGUAGGUCGGAGGAGCGCGCCGUAACCGUCCACGUUUCACUUAUUGAAAACAUAUCGAAUUUGCAUAUGAAAGAGGCCGGGGUCAGGUGAAAAAAAAAAAAAAAGAACUGUUCACAUCUGAAAAGCGUUGGCCUCACAGUUCUGAGGUCCCGGGUUCGAUCCCGGCCCCGCCUGUGUGGAGUUUGCAUGUUCUCCCUGUGCCUGUGUGGGUUUUCUCCGGGCACUCCGGUUUCCUCCCACAUCCCCAAAAACAUGCAACAUUAAUCGGACAAUCUAAAUUGCCGCAAGGUGUGAUUCUGAGUGCGGCCGUAUGUCUCGAUGUGCCUUGCGAUUGGCUGGCGACCAGUCCGGGGUGUACCCCGCCUCCUGCCCGUCGACAGCCGGGAUCGGCUCCAGCACUCCCCGCGACCCUCGUGAGGAUUAGCGACGUGUCACUUUGGGCAAAAAUAUCGAAACGGACCUGCAGUGUGAUCAUAGCGAAAGUGUACAUUAGUUCAAGCAGUCCAGUUAGCAGUCGGACUGGGCUGCCAUUUUGUUUUUCUCCUGUUUGUAGGGAGCUCGGUAAGAGAUCAAUGUUCAAGUUUCAUAAUUUUCUUUUGUCUGAUCCUGUUGUUGCCUCCGUUGAAGUAUAAAUAAAUGAUCUUUGUUUUGAG